AAUAUUCAUCUUUGUCAUCUUUGUUGAGACAACGCUGCUGAGAGAAAAUGGGUUCAGCUGCUUCUGGUCCUGAUUUGAGAAUCGUGAUGAUUGGAAAAACUGGUGUGGGCAAGAGUGCUGUUGGAAACACCAUUCUUGGAGAAAAACAUUUUGAUUCCCGUCCCAGUUCAGAGUCAGUGACCGAGACCUGUAAGAAAGGUGUGACACUCUAUGGUAAGAGAGAAGUUACUGUAGUAGACACACCGGGAAUCCUGGAUACCAAGAAAACCAAGGACUUCAUCAAAAAUGAAAUUGUGAAAUGUGUUGAAGUCUCAUGUCCUGGACCUCAUGUGUUCCUGCUGGUCAUCCAAGUUGGUCGAUUCACCACGGAAGAGAAGAACUCUGUAGAAGCCCUGCAAAAGCUGUUUGGUCCAAAAGCUAAUCAGUACAUGAUCGUGCUGUUCACCAGAGGUGAUGAUCUUGGAGACAUGAGCAUACAACAGUAUGUAACUGAAGGCAAGCCAGAGCUUCGACGAGUCAUCCAAAGCUGUGGACAAAGGUUCCAUGUCUUUAACAACACCAGGAAAGACAGAAGACAAGUGGAAGAGCUGAUCAAAAAAAUUGAUGACAUGUAUGCUGCAAAUGGGGCAACAUUCUACACAGAUGCCAUGUACAAAGAAGUGCAGACAAAACAAAAGUCCAAGGGAAGCACAAGUGCUAACGAAUAUAACUUUAUUACUUCACUGAUAGAUCGUAUCAUGCAUUUCCUCAUAAUUCUUGCAAGAGAGUAAAUGACCAAGAUCAGUAGCCAAAACACAUCAUCACCAUCCAGACAAAACAACACAGCUUCUGUGCCAAGUGUGAAAAUAUGUCAUAUAUUAAAACCCUUUAACACACACACAGUUACAGUAUAGAUCAAGGUGUUAUUUUUAAUUGCUCUCAGCAAUAAAUAAAAAGGAGUUUUAAACAUAAACAAUUUAAACAAAAUACAGACUGUGAAGUAGUAGUACAAUUUCUUGUCUUGUCUGUUCUUGAUUUUUAUAAUAUGUAUAAUGAUGGUGGAUUGGUAUGUCAAAACUUCAUUGAAUACUGUUUGUUUAUAACUUGUUGAAAAAUGACUUGAUUGAUGUUUUAUUCUAUAAAUAAAGGUGGAAAUAAAUGCUAAAAGAUCAAACUAAAAA